AUGGUUCGAAGCACUCUUCUCCCAGUUUCACUUUUGUGUCUACUUUCCUGCCAUACGAUGCUAGUUUCUGGCUUCAUCAUCCACUUACGCGAAGGAGACCUCUGGGACCUAUCCGAUACCUUGACGGUAAAGUGGUCAAAGUUCUUCUGGGAUACAGAAACCUUUGAUAUUCAAAUCAGGAAUAAAGACCCCGAGCUUUAUCCGAUGGGAUUUUCACAAGUCCUGAGAAAAGACGUUCACGCUUCCGAUAGAUUGUGUAGUCUGGCUGCAGUCCCUGAAUUGAAAGCCGGUCCAGGUUUUUAUCUAGAGUUCAUCGAUCAGAAUCAGAGAAUUUUGGCUCGGUCUGACAAGAUCAAAAUUACACAAAUUGAAAAUGAUUGGGACGACGUUUUGGACUUGGACAAUGAAGACUCAAUUUUUGAAGAUUCCGAUACUGAUUUAUCUCUCGACUUGAGUUCGAAUUCAAAUGAAGAAGUAGACUCAUAUCAAGAGUCUUCUGCAAAACUACAUAGUGGGAGUUAUAUUUACCAAAGAGUUUUCAGGAAUUCCUUCCAGAUCUGA